AUGUUAAAAUUAACAGAAAUUAUGGAUUCGACUUGCAAUUUUUGUGAGUAUCAAUAUGUACAUAAUUCACUAAAUUAGGACUUCGCAGUCAUAAUAAAAAAAGCUUUAUAUGAGAAAUAUUCCUCAUCACAGAAUUAUACUUAUAUUAGGAUAAUCAACGAUCUAAUAUUUGCUCGUAGAAGUCGUAUUACAAAUACAUUUAAAGAUUAUCUCUUUUGGGAUUAUCAUGAUGAAUAUAUGGAGAAUUACUUCCAUUCUCCUAAUGAUAUAUUAUAUGAUACAAUCAUAUCCAAUGUAUUACUUCUAACUUAAAAUAGACCAACAGUCUCAUAAAUUUGUGCCCCGCAUAUUUCAUACACCUAUUGCUAAAACCAUGGAUAAUUACUACCAUCCUAAAAUUAGAUAAUCUCGAAAAUACUCUAAUAUCAAUUCCAUUAGCGUUUCUAAAAUUCUAUAGAGUAGUCUCAUUAAAUAGUAUUAUAUACAUUUACUUAUUACUAGAUAAUAGUAAUUCAGUUCAUAAGGAAGUAUCUUUUUUAUCAAAAAUCAACUUAAUGAUAUUGUUACCAAUAGUUCAUUAUCAUUUCAUACCAUUAAUAAGUAAUUAUAACUUAUUUAUAAAACUAUUAGUAAAUAAGAUGUUGCCCUUUAACUUAGAUUAAUUUACUAAAAAUUUUGUGAUAGAAGAUAAGAAACAAAAAAAUUGAAAUUCAAAAAAAAAAGUUUAGCACAUUCUAUUGAUAAAGAAACUUAAACUCAACCAUUUCAAUAUAUACCUAUCAUCUAUCAUAAAGAUAAAUAAUUUCUAUAAAAAAUUAUCAAAUAACAAAAAGAAAAAGAAGCAACAUAAGUUUAGUUUCAAAAAUUUAACAAACUUAAUAAAACUUCAAGAUGUAGAAAUAGUGUUGAAAUUCAUAAUAAUAGAUAUGGUUCUGCAUCUAAAAUAUCAUAAUAAUCAACUGCUAGAGUUUAUGAAUCAAAUGCAUCCAGUAGAUAUAAUUCGACUGCAACUUAAUAAAAACUUAUUCGAUCAUAACGUACUAAAUCUUAAACUUAAGAUUCAAAUAACAUAACUAAAGCAUUAGAAAGUUAAUUUAAUAAUCAAGUUGAUGUUAGAUAAACAUUAAAGAAAUUUGAUAGUGGCAUAAAAUAAAAAAAAGUUAAAUGA